AUGUCGUCCUCCAGUCUUCAGCUCCUGCCAAACGGCACGAGCCACCUCCGCCGCCAACAUCGCCUUGUCACCCUCGCACUCCCCAUUCAUCGUCGAUUUAGCGCUCAAAGCGGCAGAGGCAAGAUUCCGAAGAACCUUGUGCUCCGAAAUUCCAAGGAGCUGGACAAGGCCAUCUUUGCCAUCCUCAAGGGUCAAUUUCAAGGCCCACCUCGUUCGGGCUCAGCUAAAGCUCGCCUCUUUGAGCCACUGCCGCGUCGCAAGCAAGGUCUCUUCAACGCAAAGAUUCAAGCGCAUGCCCACUAUCUUCGGAAUGUUGCUUCUCGCCAAGAGCAGACUGAUCUGUUCGGUGAAGAGGAUGGAUGGGAGGACUUGGAUGAUUUCGAGACGAGGCGAGGGAUGUCUGCUCGUCGAAGAACGUCGACCGAGAACAUCACUGCACAGCAAAGUGUCGGAAAUCACCUGGAGCGAGCCCGUCCAACAGUAGCUUCAGGGAACAAAGUCAAAGCGGACAUCAGGACAAAGCCUCGAGGGCGAUUCAUCCCCUGGAAUCCUGACAGGCUCAAGCGAGAUUCGGAUCCGGUCGACGCAGUCCAAGCAGCAAACAUCAAUCAGAUGCAGACCAUGCUGCAAGACUUCGAAGCUCGCUUGCAAGCCAUCGAUCAGCGGCUCGAACACUUGAGCUUGCCGAACGGGAAGCGAAAGCGUUCACUGCUGCAGGCCACAGUGCAGACUAUCAUGGAAGCUCCCGCAUCUUUGAGCCGCACCCUAUCCUCCUUCUUUGAGCAAAUCAAGAUGAGAAGCGACGCGGCCGUCGAGCAACCGAGGCUCACAAAGAAGCAAUUGGUCAAGACCGUGGUGGCUGCCAGCAUUUGCUUUGCAGGUAUGCGUCUGCUCGGGUCCCUGCACGCCUGGGACUUUGUCCCUAUCCUUCGAGACAUCGCCAUGUCGAACCCCAAUCUGCAGGACUGGCUCGGUCCCAUCGUACACACGUCCUCUCUGCCUCUCCUUCUCGCCACAACGCCUCGCACAAAGAAGAUGUUUCGCCGAUUCAAGCCGACCCACUUCGGAAGAUACUUCUUAGACACCCAUCAGCGUGGUUCCCUCUCCAAGUCUACUCCCACUCCGGGUCCGCGUAAAGAGGCUGCUUUCCGCGACCUCGUCAACAACUAUCCCGAGCUGCUCGACCGAUCUUUUCCCAUGGCUGCUGUCCUCAACGACCUCCGAAAUUUGCAAGCCCUACGAGACACUUCGAGCGGUCGAGAAUAUAAGGUCGCCGAACGUCGACUCUUUCGUGUCCAACACGAAUCGGAAGUAGGUGAAGGCGGACAGUUGACGGUGAGGCAGGUGACCGAACUGCUCGAGCCGGACGACAGUGUUGGGUGGACCACGAUCAAGCAACGUCUGCUGAUGGAUCGGGUCGAUGCUAUCGACUGUCUUUCCAAAGAGGAUCGCGCGCGUGUUAUGUUCCAGCGUGUAUACGGUAUCGGUGCCACCAAGGCAGAGCGGUUCGUACAAGCUGGGUUUCUGACCUUGGAGCAGCUGCGUGAGGCUUCUUUGGAACUAGCACAGCGGAUCGGAUUGACCCACAUGGACGACAUCGAAUGCUUGAUCCCUCGAUCCGAUUCCGAGCAGUGGCGAGACGUUCUGCACGACGUCAUCCGAUCGGUGGAUGCGAGGCUGGGCAUCGAGUUGCUGGGCAGCUUCCGUCGAGGCGAUCACUACUCUUCCGAUCUCGACUUUGUCCUGUUCCACCCGGACGUCGUCGACAUGCGCCUCCCUCGUCCGGACAAUCCUUCCAGAUCCGAUCCUCACCCAGUCGCCGCUACGCUCCUGGAUUCUGUGGUCGAAGAACUCCGCAUUCACAACCUGCUCGCCGAUGAGUUGCUUGCUCAUGGCCCGCUGGCAGUCAAAGGUCUCGUCCGCCUCUCUGCUACAUCAAAAGCCCGACGAAUCGACCUCAACUUUGCUCCGUUCACCCGACGCGCAUUCUACACGCUCGCCAAGACGGGAGAUGCAGACCUCAUGGUUCACCUCCGAGCCAAGGCGAAGGCCAGAGGCUGGGCUCUGAACGAGUAUGGCAUUGGUCCUCCCAACCAGAACGGCUCGGCUUGGACCAAGAAUUUGCUGCCAGAUGCGACGGAUGAACGUCAGAUCUUCGAGUUCCUCAAGGUGCCGUACCUCGAACCGGAGGAGAGAUCGUUCAAGAAGUAUGCGAGCAAACUCAGGAUCACACGCCCUUGA